GUUUUCCGCCGGACAGAUAGAAGUUGGCCAUCAGUUAGACGGCAGUAUCCGUCCGGAUUCAACGCGCGUGUGGAAGUCCGUCUAUUCUAUUCUCGUUUAUUUCUCUCUCGCCGUUUUCGCUUGUAAAACGAGCCCACGCUUUAUAACACAAGGAGUCGUCGACGUUAUUAGACAACUGAGUCAUCAUCAUCCCGUUAUUGUCUACUUGUUUUGGUUUGUUUGUAUUUUUUAAAAAACCCGCGGGAACCUGAGCUUCAAAAUUAAUUGGUACUUAAAUCAUCUAAAAACAAAACAUUUCGGGGUUGAUAUACCAGCUGGCGGGUGCUGACGUAUAGCUAUAUUGCCCAUCGCUAAUAAUUGAGAAUCAACAUUUGGUGUUCCCCGUCAAAAUCACUUGACGUGUGUGUGUGCUGUGUGUGUGUAAGAUUGCUGCUCGGCGUCGUCCAUCAGCAGCGACAAUCAGGACUGUACAAGCCACUGGAAUUGUUCCACAUAUAUUGUCAAGCUUGCGAGAGCUCUCGCUGGGAAUUCGAUGAAGAAAUCAAGACCGCCGACGUUAAUUGUGUUGCUGCUGUUGCCAAGUCUAUCUUUACUCUUUCUGGCAGUGACAGUGAUAGCCAGCGCCCAGCAGUAUGUCGUCCCGUGUCACUUCAACCCCAUGUGCUCGUGCAAAAUGUCGCAAACGCCGUCGCAGCAGCCGAUGGUCGAUCCUGAAGUCGAUGGCGGCGGCUACGCAAACGAGCCGGAAACGGAUGGACGCAAUCGAACGCUCACCGAGCUGGAAGCUCUUCUCUCAGAGGAGAUUGACAGAGGCCGACUGAAGCAGGACACCGAAUCGCCAGGUGAUGGCGCAAGCGACCAGGAAAAUGUCUUUGAUGUUUCCUGCGUCGGUGUCCCAUUUGCAUUUUUGCCAGCGUUGCCACCAGGAAAAAUCUCCCAUGUAGAUAUUGUCAAUUCCGGGCUGGAAGUGGCCGACCGGAUCCCUCCGUGGAAAACCUCGCCGUCUACUUCCGCCUCUCAAAGUCGUAUCCGCAUCGAGUCCUUGCGUUUAAUGAGCAAUAAAAUACGUCACAUUGGCGAACACAUUUUCAGUGGAAUGGAAGAGGAUUUGAAAUCGUUGGAUCUGAGUUAUAACGAGUUGAACGAGAUUCCAGUCGCUCCGCUCAAAACGCUUCAAUCGUUGGUGUGGGCUAAUUUUCACAACAAUCAAAUUUCGUCACUGGAAGGCCUAGGACAACUGUGGACUCAUUUAUCACCAAAUCUGGACGCCCUUUUUCUAGGAAAUAAUGACAUUAUAUCACUUCAGAGGUCGAAAACUAAUGAUGGACGCUGGGAUGGCGCAGGCCAUUCACUCGCCUUAUUACGCAAUUUAAAUUGGCUCAACGUCGAUGGCAACCAAUUAGUUGAUCUUCCAUCCGAUACUUUGCCACGCCAACUCCACACGAUCAGCGCCGCCAACAACCGCAUCAUCAGCUUCCCCAGCAAACUGAUCGAACAGCUCCGCGAACUGCGGUGGUUGGACUUGCGCGGCAAUUUCAUCCAUCAACUUCCGGUCAACACGAUCCGGACGGAGCCGGGAACGAAACUGCGACUGGAAAAGUUGGACUUGGGCGAGAACUUGAUCAGCUUUUUGCCCGGGGCUGCCAUGUUCAACCGCAGUCUCCACAUCCGGGCUUUGUACCUCGAUUUCAACCGGAUCACUCGACUUCCGGAUUCCGCAUUCCGCGGCACCAACGUCCAUCGGCUCUAUCUGGCCGCCAACGGGCUGGCCGACAUUGACGAACGGGCCUUCCACUCGCUGUCUUCGACGCUGACGCUGCUGGAUUUGGAUCGCAAUAAUUUGAACAACUAUCCGACAGCGCUGGAUUAUUUGAAGCGGCUGCGCUUUCUCUACCUGGCCAACAACCGGAUCUCUCGCUUCUCUCACGGCAAUUUCGCCAGCUUCGGAUUGCACCUGGAAGAACUCAGUUUGGCCGGCAAUAAAUUAGGGCAUUUUCCAGCUUCAGUUCUCCGGAAUUGCCCGAAGCUAGUUCACCUGAAUUUAGCCUACAACAUGAUUGAGAGCGUGACGAGUGAAAUGUUUUACGACUGGGGUGGAAAUCUGGAAGUCUUAAUUUUAAAAGGCAAUAAAAUUAAGCAAUUGCCGUCGCACCUGUUCCGGCACACCCGCAAACUGCGCGAGCUGAGCUUCUCCUUCAAUCAACUGACAUCCAUCGACGACGACGCCUUCGUCGACGUGGCGGAAACGCUGGAAACGCUGGAAUUGAACAUGAUCCUGGACGACUCUCGUUUCCCCACUGGGCUGCUGAAACAUUUGCACCAACUGCAGUGGCUGUCGCUCGAGUACAACGGCAUCGUUUCCCUGUCGGAAUUGCCGCUGGAUCACCUCCACAAACUGCACUACCUGAGCUUGGAAGGCAACCGGAUAUCCGCCGUCAAUCGCAAUUCCUUUGGCGGGAAACUGCGCUCGCUUCGAGACGUCCGACUCUCUCAUAACCUGAUUGAAUCACUUCCGCAACACACUUUCCACAAUCUGGAUGAGGUCACCACCAUCGUCCUGGCAAACAAUCGCCUCCAAGUCAUCAAGAGCUCGGCGUUUGAACACUUACCCAAAUUAGUUACUUUGAAUUUGGCGCAAAACAGCAUCGGCCAACUGGAAGGCGGGGCUUUCAAAUGGUUGCCGAAUUUAUUGAAAAUCGACCUGCAGUCGAAUAAACUCGGCGAGUUCAACUGGGAAGCCCUGACCAACUGCACCAACAUCUUCAUGUCGGCCAGCGUCAACCUGUCGGACAACGCCAUAGCCAAACUGCGGUCCGGCAAACGCGACCAACACGACCGGCUCUACGUCAAAAUCAUCGAUUUGAGCCGCAACAUUUUACCGGCGUUUCCCGACGUCGAAUUUCUAUCCGUCCUCUCUCCCAGUAGCCUCAAGAAACUCCUGCUGGGCAACAAUAAAAUUGCGGUAUUGCCGGACAAGAUGCUGUCCAAGAGUUGCCAGGAUUUGCAGGUGCUGGAACUGCAGCGCAAUUCUAUUCACGACGUCGAGAGACACGCCCUGACGGACGCUGUUAGUUUGCAAAUCAUCGAUCUGAGUGAAAAUCAUUUAGAAACUAUUCCGGUGGGCUUUUUCGCCCAUUUGAAGCGCCUGCGGAUCGUCAAUUUAUCCCGGAAUAAAAUCCGCGUCAUCAGCAAAGAUAUUUUCGAAGGGACCGUCUUGGAGACGUUGAACGUGGCCCACAAUCACUUGAAACAUUUCCCCAAUUGUCUGCUGCCCAUCUCUUCGACGCUGAUUAAUUUGGACGUGUCCUACAACCACAUCGAUCACCUGGACGCCGUCAUGUUGUCCAACACGCCCAAUUUAAUCUCUUUGAAUUUAGCCCAUAACAAAUUGACUUUGCUGCCGGACAACGUCUUCUCUCACCUGAACCACCUCAUCUCGCUGGACCUGAGCUACAACACGAUCCGGGCCAAUUUCAAGGAAUUAUUUCACGAAAUUCAACACGUCAAAGAAUUGAAUUUAGCCAACAUCGGACUGGCCCAGUGGCCGCACCUGCCGCUCCCGUCAUUGAUCGCUCUGAAUUUGUCUUCCAACGCCCUCGAUUGCCGGACGACCGACCACAUCCCGGCCAAUCUGGUGAUCCGUCUCGGUCACCUGAGGAAUCUCGACUUGUCCCGCAAUCGAUUCACCUUAGUCCCGGCUUUCCUCUGGCAAUCGAUGCCGCUCCUCAAGCAUUUGGACCUGUCGUCCAAUCCGAUCCGACUCAUCAAUCGCGAGAGUUUCGCGGCUUUGAUUCGACUCCAGACGCUUUCCCUGCAGUCGAUCGGCGUUCCGGUGCUGGAAAAUAUUGACGGCGACUCUUUGCACUCGCUCUUCUCUCUGACCCACAUCCGAAUUCAAACUUGGCCCGGCCCGCAUCUCUCCCAGCUGCUGGGAGGCUUGCGCGGAUUGAGGAAACUCAGCGUCGAAGUCAAAAGUCCCGUCCUGUCGUCGCAGUUUAAUUACAUCGCCACCAUCGACACGGCGCCCAAACUCAGAGAAAUCGAAAUCUCCGGAGCCCAUCUCAAGACCAUCCAUCCGGAUGUGUUUGCCAAUACGGGAUUUCACACGCUGCCUGAAUGCGGUAUUUCCCUCAAGAAAACUUCGGUGAGGUACCUUCCCGAGCGAUUGAUCAACGGGCUAGAAGGAUGCGCAUCGUUAACCCUGGAUUUGAGAGAUAAUUCAUUACAGAGUAUCGGGCUUCAAUCUAUCCAGAAUAACAAUUCGUUGUCGGCAACAUCUACCAGACAUCUUGCAGGUGGAUUGAGGCUGGAAAACAAUCAUCUGGUGUGUUCUUGUACGAAUUCUUGGCUGGGCAAAUGGCUGAAGAGGUGGUACUUGGAGACAACUUCCAUCAGGCAUCCGAUCACUUCGUUCCAUUCCGAAAUCACCUGUCAAGAUCCGGCCAGUCGUCAAAUGGUUCAUUUGAGCGAUCUGCCCGUCAGCGAAAAAGCCUGCAACAAUGCCGCUUUCACGGCCGCUAGCGUUUCGAAUCACAAUCAUUUCGCUGCUGCACCUUUCGCAUUGGUCGUCUCCAUUCUCCACCUGAUAUCUGGAAACUACUACUGAUUCAGUGCCAAUCCAAUCCUUUGUGAUUUAAACAAAACAAAAAAGGGUUUCCUACUACAAAAAGCUCUUUUGUGACGGGCACUUUUACAGUGCAACCAAGUGGCACAAGACGAGAUUACGAUGUACGCUAAAGAGUACAAACAAAGGCAAAUUAGUGCAUACUGAUGAUGCGUGCACAGGAAUUUUUCACCUGAGAAACAAGACAGUGUCACCUGGGCAAAACCUUCCAAAAUUGAUU